GUCACCUGCAAUCAGUGAGUGCUCGGUGUCGACUCGACCAACUCCGCAAAUUGCUUUCACACUAACCAAUUGACACUAACAAACUCACAAACACAUUUAAACACAUAAAUAAAACAAGCAAUUAAAUAAAAAUAAAAAAUAAAAAUAAAACAAAACAAUGGCAGCGUUAAUUGUUGGAGAUGUGUCUAAAGAAUAUGAAAAACUAAAAGAUCUCAAAAAGGAUAAUGUAAAAAAACUUCAAGAAUGGUUAGCAUGUCAACCACAUUUACCAAAAAUGACAGAAAUGCAAGUUGUACACUUUUUACACUCGAAUUACUUUAGCAACGAGGGCAAAAAGUGUAUUGAUACUUUUUACACCGUACGCACACAUUGUCCUGAAUUUUUCCACAAUAGAGAUCCUAAAACAGUGGAUACUCAAGUGGUUAUGUAUGGUCCAUUCCCAAAACUAACACCUGAAAAUUACCGUAUAAUCUACGCACGACUAAUUGACACCAACCCAGACCGUUUUAACUUCCCUCUGAUGAUAAAAUGUUUCGAUAUGACAACAAUGCUUAUGUUAAACAUGGAUGGUCCAGCUGAAGGUGUCAUUUAUAUACAUGAUCUCAAAGGAUUAUCAUUUUCACACAUUGCAAAAUUAAAUUUAUUGCAGUUGAAGAAGUUUUUCUUUUAUUUACAGGAAUGUAUGCCAGUGCGUAUAAAACAACUGCAUUUUAUAAACAUCGGUAAUUUCAUGGACAAGAUACUUGCCUUGAUUAAGCCAUUCAUGAAGAAGGAAUUAAUUGACGUCUUGUAUACUCACCCAACUAUGGAUACUAUCUACAAAUUUAUUCCCAAGGAUUAUUUUCCGAGUGAUUUUGAAGGCGGCGAUCCUAGUUUCAGUGUUAAGUCAUUACAAGAUAAAUCAAGAGAAUCUUUUAUGGCUAAUAGUGCUUUUUAUGCAGAAGAAGAAAAACAGCAAGUUGACGAGUCAAAACGUCCAGGAAAACCAAAAACGCUGGGGAAAUAUUCGGCGUUGAGGGAACAUUUAAAAACAAUUUUAGUUUGUGUUGGAUUGUUGUUAACAAAACAUAAAAUAAAAAUGGCGUUAGUUUUGUGUGAUCCGUCGUCAAAAUAUCAGGAAAUCAACGGAUUAAAAAAGUCUGACGUGGAGAGUUUGUUAAAAUGGUGUGAAAUGCAAAAAUAUCUACCGCAAAUUACUGAAAUGCAGAUGAUUAACUUUUUACAUUCGAAUAACUUUAGUAAUGAGGCAGCGAAGCGAUGCAUUGAUGAUUUUUACACUGUGAGGACACACUGUCCUGAGUUUUUCCUUAAAAGGAAUCCGAGGGAAAUUCAUUUGAAAUGCGUAAUGUACUUCCCAUUCGAGAAAAAAACACCAUCCGGUGACAAAAUCCUGAUGUCUCGCCUAAUAGAUUACAACCCAGAUAUGUGGCACUUUUCAGACCAAAUUAAACUAUUCGACAUGGCAACUAUGCUUGUCCUGAACAAAGAAGGACCUUCCAACGGAGUGAUAUUCAUCACUGACUUAACCGGCGUAACAUUCACACACGUCGCCAAAAUGAAUCUUCUACAGUUAAAGAAAUUCAUGUUCUAUUUACAAGAUUGCAUGCCGUUGAAAAUCAAAGGAUUACAUUUCAUCAACAUUGGGAAUGUCAUGGACAAAAUAUUGGUAUUAAUCAAGCCAUUCAUGAAGAAAGAAUUAUUAGAAGUGUUGCAUACACAUCCAACAAUGGAAACAAUCUACAAAAUGAUCCCUAAGGAAUUAUUCCCUAAAGAUUUCCCUGGAGGUCUCGCACAAUCAGUAGAAACCCAACAGCGUAAUUAUACAAAGUGUAUGUUAGACAACGCCGCUUAUUUCCACGCUGAAGAAGAACAAAUUGUCAAUGAGAAACUUCGUCCAGGAAAACCAAAAAAUCCUGGAGAAAUUUUCGGUGUAGAAGGAACAUUCAAAAAGUUAGACAUCGACUAAAAUAUUUAAACUACAAUACCCUGUAUAUUUUAACAAGUGUUAAAGUUCAAUGUCAUAAUAAACACGUUUGUUUACUUCCA